AUGGACCGCGAAAAUGGAGUUGAGAAGGCAACAACUUCCAACUCCGGUGCUACGGAACAGAAUCAGAAAGAGACUAAAAAACAAGAUGCUACUAUGAAUAAAGUCCCAUUCUACAAGCUCUUUUCUUUUGCGGAUUCUACUGAUAAGGCUCUGAUGAUCAUUGGCUCCAUUAGUGCAAUCGGAAAUGGUGCGUGUAUGCCCUUGAUGACCAUAGUUUUUGGUGACAUAGUUGAUGCUUUCGGAGAGAAUCAAGAUCCUAAUCACAUUAUUGAUGUUGUCUCUAAGGUGUGUUUGAAAUUUGUCUACUUGGCCAUCGGAGUAGCAAUAGCUGCAUUUCUUCAGGUGGCUUGCUGGAUGGUCACAGGAGAAAGACAGGCUGCAAGAAUUAGAAACUUGUACUUAAAAACUAUUCUUAGACAAGAUGUCGCGUUUUUUGACAAUGAAACAACCACAGGUGAGGUUGUUGGAAGGAUGUCCGGAGACACUGUCCUUAUACAAGACGCUAUAGGGGAGAAGGUUGGCAAGUUUCUACAAAUGAUAUCAACAUUCAUCACAGGUUUUAUCAUUGCAUUUAUCAAAGGCUGGCUUCUUACUCUUGUCAUGUUGUCCUCGAUACCCCUUCUUGCCAUUGCCGGUGCAAUCAUGACCAUUACUAUAUCAAAGAUGGCAACGAGAGGCCAAACUGCUUAUGCGAAGGCAGCAAUUGUUGUAGAACAGACUAUAGGUUCAAUCAGAACUGUGGCAUCAUUUACAGGUGAGAAACAAGCUAUUGCAGAUUAUAAGAAGGCUAUUGCAAGCGCGUAUAAAUCAGGUGUCCUUGAAGGAGUGGCUUCAGGAACGGGUUUGGGGGCCUUAACGUUGGUUAUCUUCAGUAGUUAUGCUUUAGCCAUAUGGUUUGGCUCGAGGAUGAUUGUUGAAAAAAAUUACACAGGGGGUACCGUCCUUAUUGUUCUUAUUUCUGUCGUGGUUGGAUCCAUGUCCUUGGGGCAAGCAUCUCCCUCUAUGAGCGCGUUUGCUGCAGGACAAGCAGCAGCAUAUAAGAUGUUUGAGACCAUAAAUAGAAAAUCAGAAAUCGAUCCUUACGACCCCAAUGGAAAAACAAUGAAUGAAAUUCGCGGAGAAAUUGAGUUAAAAGAUGUUCAUUUUAGUUACCCCAGCAGACCUGAUGAACCAAUUUUUAGCGGAUUUUGUCUUUCCAUUUCAAGUGGCUCAACUGUUGCAUUGGUUGGACAAAGUGGGAGUGGAAAAUCGACAGUAAUUAGUCUCCUAGAGCGGUUUUAUGAUCCGCAGGCUGGAGAGGUUUUAAUUGAUGGUAUCAAUCUUAAAGAAUUUCAGCUAAGAUGGAUCAGACAAAAAAUCGGCCUAGUAAGUCAAGAGCCUGUAUUAUUUGCAUCUUCAAUCAAAGAUAAUAUCGCGUAUGGGAAGGAUGGUGCUACCAUUGAAGAAAUAAAGGUCGCAACAGAGUUGGCUAAUGCUGCUAAGUUCAUUGAUAAAUUGCCUCAGGGGCUAGAUACCUUAGUCGGCGAGCAUGGAGCACAACUAUCAGGAGGACAAAAGCAAAGAGUGGCUAUAGCAAGGGCCAUUCUAAAAGAUCCGCGAAUUUUACUUCUAGAUGAAGCUACAAGUGCACUUGAUGCCGAAUCUGAGAAGAUUGUGCAAGAAGCAUUAGACAGGAUAAUGGUAAACAGGACAACUGUUGUUGUUGCUCAUCGCUUGAGUACAGUUAGGAACGCCGAUAUGAUAGCAGUUAUUCAUCAAGGAAAGGUGGUAGAGAAAGGUCCACACGCGGAACUAUUGAAUGAUCCCGAGGGAGCAUAUUCACAACUUAUACGACUACAGGAAAUCAGAAAGGAGUCUGAACAAGUUGAGAAUAUUGGAGAUCAUUCAAUACACUCUAGUCAGAGAAAACUGUCCUUAAGAUCAUUAAGUCACGAAUCCUCUAGGAGAGUGAGUAGUAGUCGCCGUCACUCUUUUUCUGUAGAAGGUACUACUACUACAUUGUCUGCUCCGGAACAACAGCAAGAAGUCUCAAUUUGGCGCAUUGCUUCUUUGAACAAGCCCGAGACUCCAUCACUUCUUCUCGGAGCUAUCUCUGCAUGUGCGAAUGGCCUUAUUUUUCCACUAGUCAGUAUAAUCCUUUCUAGUGCAAUCAAAAUGUUUUAUGAGCCUCCUAACAAGCUGAAAAAGGAUUCCAAGUUUUGGUCCCUUAUGUUUCUACUCCUUGGUAUAGCAUCACUAAUUACUCAACCUCUUCAAUUCUUCUUCUUUGGUGUGGCUGGUCAAAGGCUAAUACAACGUAUUAGGUCCAUGUGUUUCGAGAAAGCAGUCCACAUGGAAGUUGGUUGGUUCGAUGAGCCUAAUCAUUCAAGUGGUGCAAUUGGUGCAAGGUUGUCUGCUGAUGCAGCCAUUGUGCGUGCUUUAGUAGGAGAUACACUAGCAUUGACUGUUCAGAAUAUUGCAACAGCUGUUGCUGGUUUAUUGAUUGCUUUCACUGCAAACUGGAUACUGGCAUUCAUUAUUCUAGCCUUAAUACCCUUUAUAGGCCUUAAUGGAUAUGUCCAAGUCAAGUUUUUGAAGGGAUUCAGCGCAGAUGCUAAGAAAAAGUAUGAAGAGGCGAGUCAAGUUGCUAAUGACGCGGUUGCUAGUAUAAGAACCGUUGCUUCUUUUUGUGCCGAGGAGAAGGUAAUGCAACUAUACGAAAAGAAAUGUGAAGCCCCAAUAGAAGCAGGUGUGAAGCAAGGAGUGGUUAGUGGGGUGGGUUUCGGGCUAUCUUUUGCUUUGCUUUUUUUUGUCUACGCCGGAAGUUUCUAUGCCGGAGCUCAACUUGUUGCCCAUAAGAAAACAACAUUUUCUGAGGUUUUCAAGGUAUUUUUCGCGUUAGCUUUCUCUGCAAUAGGAAUAUCACAAUCAAGCUCCUUUGCAACUGAUAGCAGUAAAGCCAAGGAUGCAGCUGCAUCCGUAUUUGCAAUCCUUGAUCGUAAAUCUAAGAUUGACUCAAGCGACGAAUCUGGGAUGACCUUGGAUAAUGUUAAGGGUGAACUUGCACUGCAACACGUGAGCUUUUUGUAUCCUAGUAGGCCUGAUAUUCAGAUUUUCCAAGACUUGUCCUUGACUAUUCACUCUGGCCAGACUGUUGCUCUUGUGGGAGAAAGUGGAUGCGGAAAAUCAACUGUCAUAUCCCUCUUACAGAGAUUUUAUGAUCCAAUUUCGGGUUGUAUCACACUUGAUGGGAUUGAACUUAAGAAGUUUCAACUGAAAUGGUUGAGACAACAAAUGGGGCUCGUUAGCCAAGAGCCUGUUCUUUUCAAUGAUACUAUACGUGCCAACAUCGCGUAUGGAAAGGGUGGCAAUGCCAGUGAGGCCGAAAUCAUAAAUGCUGCAGAGCUCGCAAAUGCUCACAAGUUCAUAAGUAGCUUACAAAAUGGCUAUGAUACGAUCGUAGGAGAACGAGGAGUUCAACUGUCAGGAGGACAAAAGCAGAGAGUUGCCAUAGCCAGAGCCAUAGUAAAGAAUCCAAGAAUAUUACUAUUGGAUGAAGCUACAAGUGCACUUGAUGCUGAAUCUGAAAGAGUUGUGCAAGAUGCACUAGAUCAAGUUAUGGUGGAUCGUACGACAGUAGUUGUUGCUCAUCGCUUAUCCACCAUAAAAAACGCCGAUGUGAUUGCAGUGGUAAAGAAAGGGGUCAUUGCAGAGAAAGGGAAGCACGAAACACUACUUCGUAUCAAUGAUGGUGUUUAUGCUUCUUUGGUUGCACUUCACAUGAGUUCUUCCUCCUAACCACACCACAAAUUUUGUCUCUAUUUUGCAAGUUUUUAGCUAUUCUUACUUCACAAAAACCUUAUAGCAUUCCUCAUCAUGAACUCGAUCUCAUAGGUGGAAUGUUGGAAGAUUUAGGAUUUUUUUUAAUAUCUUUAUAACACUCAAUUCUUUUUGUCCAUAAUUUUGAGAGUACUGUUAUUUAUUUCCUUGUAACACAAAAUUCUUUUUACGAAAAUCGAUUAGUACUUGGUUUAUUUA